UAAUUCAUUAGAAGCUAUAUGUUUAAUUCAUAGCUAUUAUAGUAAUAAGAUCCAAAAAUAUCUUGACUUAAGAUAUAUCCCUGCAUGCUUAUUAAUAAAUAUGCCUAGUUAAAUUGUUUGGUACUUAAAACACAUACACAGGAGUGAGGACCUGGGUCGACCUGCUAUCUUAAAUAACCCGUCAUGUAACUAAACUACAUUUAAUUAUUUUAGGUUGAGUUCUAGGACUGGGACAAAAAUGAGAAGAAUUCACUUCCUAGGCUUAAGGCUUAUCCUUCCCUAAGCCAAAUUCUGGCUUGUUAUAAACCUUUCCAGUCUCAACCUGUAGUGUACCCAUUGUACCCUUUCCCCAGGCUCCUAUACCUUCAGGCUACAUUCUCCCAACCUUGGCAAUACUUCCGAGGCUUUAAAUGCGGUCACUCGCCUCAGAUUUCCUAUCUCCUUCCUUGCCAUUUCCCAUCUCUAGCUUUCAUUCCCUUAGCGUGUACUAAAUCUCAUCUAGGUGUUAGAGGAAAACAGGCUGGUGGAACUAAUUCACCUUAAUCUGUAAGUGACUCAUGAGCUAACGCUUCCCAAGUUUUUUCACAUUUUUUUAGAAGUCUGUUAAGAGGUUGCUGUUAACUUAGAUAAUUUUAAAGUAAAAAUUUCAGGCUGUGUUGGGAGGCAGGAAUUUACAGUCCUCUGCAUAAAUAAGUCAGAUUUUACUAGGAUUUUGCCCUUGGUUUCUCCCCACUCCUGGCAGAGUCUCUCUUCUUUGGAAUGCCAUGGACUUCAUAAAAGUGUGUGUAUACAUAUAUAUUUCCUGCAUCACGAAGAGGAGGAUUCAAGUGUAGUGUUCAUGAAUGCAUUUGAGUCUAAUGAUCAUUUAUAGGAUUGAUGUUUAUUAGGGGAUAACAUUUUAAUUCGUCGAAACCAAGAGGAAAGAGACCUGGGAUCUCUCGUGCCUGAAAUUGACUUAAAAGGCUGCUUUUGGGGCUGGGCUAACAUGAUGUCUGUUGUCGCCGCAACCACGUGUGUUCCUGUAAAGGGAGAGCAUCCGGCCAUCUUAUGGGAAUCCACCACACAGGCUAUAAAAAAGGGGAAGUAUCGAGGAUGAGAGAAUGAAAAAGAUUGUAGGUAAAGUAGCAGGAUGUGCUUUUGUUAGAUUGGACCCUAAUUUACACAGAGGUUAUUCCUUUUGGAAUAUAAAAGGAGGCUGCUGAUCAGAUUCUGACUCAAACGUUGGGUUUCAUUCAACAGAAGCCUUUAUAGAGAUGUUGUUCUACCUUGAACGCUUUGCUGGGAGUAGAAGGGGAUAAAAGAUGAAUGAGAACUAGUCCCUACCAUCAAGGAGCCUGUAGCCUAAGGUUAAGCCCAUCCACAGUAAUGGCCGCGGCCCUACCCAGGACCCUGGGGGAGUUGCAGCUGUACAGAAUAUUACAAAAAGCCAAUCUGCUUUCUUAUUUUGAUGCCUUUAUCCAACAAGGUGGUGAUGAUGUCCAGCAACUCUGUGAAGCUGGAGAAGAGGAAUUCUUGGAAAUCAUGGCACUCGUGGGCAUGGCUAGCAAGCCCCUUCAUGUUAGGAGGCUACAGAAGGCUUUGAGAGACUGGGUUACAAACCCUGGCCUUUUCAAUCAGCCGCUGACGUCCCUGCCUGUCAGUAGCAUACCCAUCUAUAAAUUACCAGAGGGAUCACCAACCUGGCUGGGAAUAUCCUGCAGCAGUUAUGAAAGGAACAGCAAUGCCCGGGAACCUCAUUUAAAAAUCCCCAAGUGUGCUGCCACCACCUGUGUGCAGAGCUUGGGACAGGGGAAAUCAGACGUGGUGGGGAGCUUAGCGCUGCAGAGUAUCAGUGAGUCCCGACUCUGGCAAGGCCACCAUGCCACUGAGAGCGAGCACAGCCUCUCCCCAGCUGACCUUGGCUCUCCAGCUUCCCCAAAAGAAAGUAGCGAGGCGCUGGAUGCUGCUGCCGCGCUCUCUGUAGCAGAGUGUGUGGAACGAAUGGCCCCCACGCUGCCGAAAAGUGACUUAAACGAAGUGAAAGAGCUGCUAAAAACCAACAAGAAGUUGGCCAAAAUGAUUGGUCACAUCUUUGAGAUGAGUGAUGAUGAUCCACACAAAGAGGAGGAAAUUCGAAAAUAUAGUGCAAUAUAUGGCAGAUUUGACUCCAAGAGAAAGGAUGGGAAACAUCUCACGCUUCAUGAGCUCACUGUUAAUGAAGCGGCUGCUCAGCUUUGUGUGAAGGAUAACGCUCUACUGACAAGAAGAGAUGAACUUUUUGCCCUGGCUAGGCAGAUUUCUCGAGAAGUCACCUAUAAAUAUACUUACAGAACCACCAAAUCAAAAUGUGGAGAAAGAGAUGAAUUAUCCCCGAAGAGAAUUAAAGUGGAGGAUGGGUUUCCAGAUUUCCAGGACUCUGUGCAGACACUCUUCCAGCAGGCUAAAGCUAAGAGUGAGGAACUCGCUGCUCUUAGUUCACAGCCUGAAAAGGUGAUGGCAAAGCAGAUGGAGUUCCUUUGCACCCAAGCUGGCUAUGACAGACUGCAGCAUGCUGAAAGAAGACUGUGUGCAGGACUUUACAGGCAAAGCUCAGAAGAGCACAGCCCUAAUGGCUUGACUUCUGAUAACGCUGAUGGACAAGGCGAAAGACCUUUGAACCUCCGAAUGCCUAAUUUACAGAACAGACAACUCCAUCAUUUUGUGGUGGAUGGGGAGCUGAGUAGACAUUACUCCAGUGAGGCCAAGUCCCACUCAUCAGAGAGCCUGGGGAUUUUAAAAGACUACCCUCACUCAGCUUUUACUUUAGAAAAGAAAGUCAUCAAAACAGAGCCUGAAGAUUCAAGAUAGCUAUGAUUCUCCCACUGUUCUCUGGAAAUGGCAUCAGAUUUAAGGAUAAUGCUCCAUCAUAGAAAUAAGCCUUAAUAACCAAUGUUGCCUCAUUCAGCACAAACAGAUUUCAUAGCCAAAGCUUAAGGACUGAUACAGUAAUCAGUGGAAACCAGGAAGACAAAACUACAGCCACAAAAGAAAAUUAAGAGAAUGUUACAAUCUGUAACAGAAAUACUGAUCCACAUUCCUCUGUAAGUCAUUUUAUGUGGAAAGGCUUACAAAUUAAUAUUGUAAGCAUUAAUUAUUUAAGAAUGUACAAUGUAUUUGUAUAAUUUAUAGAAGUAAAAUCUAGAUGUUGAGACCUGUUUGGGCCAAUAGGUGUGGAUACAGUUUAUCUUACUUGAAAUUUCAUUGUCUACUUUAAGUGUGUUUUGCGUAAAUAUUGUAUGUCAGAGUUUAGAAUCUUUGCAGUCAUAAAAAAGAAAGUUUAAGUGAUGUAGUUAUUGGCAAAGUUGUAAUGACUUUGGAAAAAUGGAAAGCAAAUACUCAAUUUAAGUCAGGAAAAUGUUGUAGAUUUAAUACCUGAUAAAACUGAUUUUGUUUAAUAGGAAAUGUGUCAUUUCAUAGUAGUCACAUGUCAUUUUUACUGGCUUAAUUAGGCACAUAGUUAAUAAAUACUGGAGUAAGGUCAAAAAAAUGAGCAAUAGAGUAGAAAAACCUCUCUUACCUAGUUGACCCAGGUUGCAUUUUAUGAUAGCUACUUAAGGUAUAACAAAAAUAGGAAGCUAUUAGUUGGACAGAGAACUAGAAACAAGUGGACAGAUGUGUAAAAGCCUUGACUUAAAAUUAUUAUUUCAGAAUGUGUUAUAUAGAUUAAGACAUAGUAAGUUAACCCUAAAUGUGAUAAGGAUGGUGACUGUUAACAAAGGCUAUAAUAUAUAGUAGAGUAAGUACUGUUUUAUAUCCAGAAAUUCUUCUCUACGCACCAGAGUCAGAGAAGCUAGAUGGCUCUCCCUGGGGAAUGUCUUCCCAUGCAGACCAUCACAAGUUUAGACAAUCAGUGCAUCCACAUUUGCAGGCAUAUUUCUAUGGAGGUUUAGUUGACACAUAUUAUUUAUUUUACAAUUUCAUUUUCAUAUACUUUUCAGAUUUAUGAAUGCAGUUUUUUCUUAAAACUCAUUUUAACUUGAAAAUCUGUUUUAAUUCCCCCUAUUUAAUUAAUGGGUUGUAUGCCUAUAUAUGAGGGUGUGCUUAAAUGUUAAUAACAUACUUGCAUACUUACUAGAAUUUCACAUUGGAAUCCAUAGGGAAAAACAAAUACUGCUUCUACCAAUUUACAUUUUUUCUGUUGGUUUAAGAGAAGAUGUUUGCCAGCUUUACCUACUUCCUUCAGAUUCAUCUAAACCCAGAUAUUGCUGAGAAGAGUGUAUUGACUUGGAAUAUGUGUUUUUUGUGUUGUUUUCGGUUCUGCUCUAGGUCAUAACUAUGUAAAAAAUAUUAAGUUAUAAUCUAUUAUACUAAAAUUCAUCAGCCAAAUGUUAGAUGAAACGUCUGCACUGUAGUCUCUGAUCACUGUCACAUAUAUAAUUCCUUUUUCGUUUUGAUUUGUAGAAUAGCUUUACAGUAGAAACACCAGUAAACAACUUUUAUACUAUUAAAAGGCUUUUUUUCCUUCCUAAAUGUUUUAAUUGUACCAUAGUGUUUUGCCCACUGAAGAAGCUUUUUAUGGACUUUGCAACUUUGUUGCUAGCUUGAGGUUGAUUAUUGUGAUUGUAUUGUUCACUGUGCAUAGAAAUAGUAUGAAUACGAUUUACAUAGAUUGUUCAGUUUUUAAUAUUAGCCAUAGAACUGGUUAGUAUCUCAGUAGUUUCAUGAAACGUUUCCUGUAUUCUAAUCUAUUUUGAGAAAUUCUGUGGGUUUUUUUUAAUUGUGUCUUAUGGUUCAAGUUUGUAGAUUUUAAUAAGCAAAAAUUUUUAAAGAUGUGGUAAUCUUACAACUAAUAUUUGUCUGUCUUUCAUGACCGCACAAACUGCAUCUUUAAAUCCAUAAAUAAGUUUCCUUAAGUAUCAUACUUUUCUGGUCUUUCAUGCUUAGUGAUAAGGGGGAAGCACAAGAAAAAUUUCAGUAGAAUACAGUUUUUAUUUUGUAAACACUAAUGUAUUAAACUUGCUAUACAUUGAAGCAAAUAAUAUAUAUUUUUAUUUGAAUUGUAUAUAUGAAUUGGAUGUUAUAACUAGUUGAUUUUUUUCAUUGUGUUAGAGGUAUUUUCACUGAACAAGGUCAAUUGGUUACCUCAGUAUUACAACCAAUAUAGUCCAAGGGACCAUUUCUCCCCAAGUCUGUUUUGUACUUUAUUACGUGAAGUCUGCGUUUCUGUGACUAUUAAAGCUGUUGGUGACGUGGGAUGAGUGCAGUUGCUUCCUGUGGCAAUAAAGACUUUGUGUGCCCCACGUACCUCUGUUUAUAGAGCUUUCUGCAUAGCACUCCUCACAGUAGUAUUAGCCUACCUGUCUCCCCUCUCUCAUUUGGUCUGGGCUUGAGUGUUAGGGGCCAGGGGCUUAUUAUACCUUAAGACUAAAUAUUAUUGUCAGCUACCUUCAUUUUUAUAAAGUUAUUUGGCAGACAGGUACUCUGGUCUGUCAGAGAGAGAAUUUGGUUUAUUUUGUUCUCACCUAAGAGAAUGUUACAUUUUGAAAACUACCCACCAUGUCUAACCAACUAAAUUAAUAAAUAAAAGGGGGAACAUUAGGAUUUAACAUUCAUGAUAUGCUAAUAUUUGCAAAGUCUUAAUGUGAUUUGGUCUCAGUAUUAAGUGCUAAUUAUAUGAAAUUCAGCUAACCUGUGGUAGAGAAUUAGCAGAAGCUUUGCAACAAAAUUGUAAUUGAUGAGUUUGGUAGAUAAAUAAAGAGCUUCAGUGCUGAGCCACACACUCAGGUGAGGGUGGAGGCCACAGAAGAAAUAUAAGACAUGGUCUUUGCCCUUUGGGAACCCAAUACCUAGUUGAAUGGGAACUAUUACCACUCAGAUAAAAUCCAAAUUUCAGUGUGUUACAGAGGGAUGAAUAAGGAACUGACAUUUAACUGCAUUCUGUGUUCAGUAGGUAUUAUGGUAGUAGAUACUUUACAGGUGAAAGAAAGCACAUUUAGUGAGUGAGACUCGAGAUCAGCCAGGACUGGAAUAGUUAACAGAAAGAGAUGGGGUGUGCUUAUAAAGUCAUAAUGGUAGUACAUUUCAACUUGAGGUCACUUUUUAAAAAAUUAUUAAGCUGAAUGCUUGAAAAUAAUGCUUGCCAUGAAUAAUCAUUCUUUUGACAGUCCCGUUGAACCUAUCAGAAGGCAGGGGGAAAAAAGUGCUUUUUCCUGUCCUUAAUUAGUAAAACCACUUGGGUAAAAGCUUUAAGAUUUGGUGAUUAUGAGCACCUAGUGUGCCUUUACAAUUAUAGUUGAUGGUAUUGAAAGACUUGAAACCUAAAUAAGCAUGCAAGGAAUUUCCUAACAUAUGGUCUGCUCACUUGGCUACUCAAAUGUUUUAAGUAUUACUGACACAGUACCCAUUUUGCUGGUGACUUCACUUAAUACUGCACUGAGUCUUCAAAAGAAAAUCAACAAGACAUUAACCUAAUGAAACUAGGAGGUCUGUCUCUUAUAGGAAAUGAAUUCAGUUAGUAAAAAGCUGAAGUUAGAAUUGAGCAAACGCGUUGUGUUUGUAACAGCUUGAAGCAUAAGACCAAAUAUGGUAGCUGCUAUUUAACUAAAAACCAACUUAUGGUCCAGCUGUGUGCAUGGGUGGCGUUUCAGGGAAUACAGGCUUAUUUAUUUGUUAUCUGUGGGUGUUCUCAUAAAUGAGAUUCUCAAGUGGGCCUCCAAAGUUAAUAAAAGAAUGAUCCAAUGUC